AUGCCGCCACACCAACGAACCGAUGACCGCUUUCCCCGCCCAUCAACGCAGCCUAUAUCAGUUGACUUCAUUGAAAACCGACAGACAGAGUUCCGCAAUGCCCAAGGCGAGCUACCAUGCGAGUUUGACGCAAGCCGUCAAAAAUUUGUACCUCGUCCGAUGGCCUGGGGCACAGCGCUGGAAGACUAUGAACAAGAAUUGAAGGAAAGCAAACUAAGAGUAGUGGCGACGAAAGAGAGCUUUGCGAACGCUCUCUCAGCCCUAAAGAAGAAGAAGUCCAAAGACAAGAAAAUAGCAAGCUUCGAUCCGGAUUCGUGUCACGACUGGAACGAGAUCACUGAGCUCAUACAUGUUGUGGUAAAGGAGUACCAUAGGGAUGAUACAGCAUGGGGACAGAUACGCGUCGCGUUCAGAUGCGUUGGGGCUAACGCGAAGUCCAUACAGUCUUUUGUGGGCCUCUUACCUGAUGGAGAGUACAAGACUCUCUGCGGAGGGCUGACAUUAAUCUUAACGCUGCGGGAGGCUAUGACAGAACACUCUGAAGUCCGUGAAAGGAUGGCUGAUCUGCUGCGAGAAGUCCCCGAAAUCGUGAAUCAGUGCGAGCAGUACCAGACGCUCUAUCCAGGACGUAACACCAUACAACUGUGCGUGAAUGACAUCUACAUUAAUCUCCUCAUAGCUCUCGAGGCGAUCCUCGAGUGGUACAAACAAUCUUCCUGGAGUAAGUCGGCUCUACCCGUACCACAAACUUCAUGGAACUUUAUAGUCAGAGUAUGGAUCUAUACUGACAUUGUAGAACACGUCAAGGAUAGUUUGUUGAAGAACAAUAAUUAUGGAUAUAAAAUUGACCAGUGCCUUAAAAACAUCCGCGAGUCUAAGAGUCGCUUCAUGGAAGAGACCCAGUUGUACCAGGCUUGGUCUCAGCAAGCUAUACUUUCUACUACACUCGCAAACAAUACCCAAUCCCGAGAGAUCAACUCGAACGUUCUCGGCCUUGGUGGACGCAUUGGUGAAGUCCAAUCGACUCUUCAAGAGGUGAAAGCGUAUGGGAGAGGGCUGAACGCGCUUAAAGACUCUCUCGAUGACGCGAUCAAGAAUGCUGCAUGGAAUGGCGAUAUAAAGAGAUUUGCUGAAGACUGGAUGCAGGAACGCUUGGAUGCCGCAAAUGACAAGCAAAGAAUACUCGAACUCGAAGAGCAGGUUGCCAAGGCAACUAUCACACCAGUGCAACUUAUGAAGGAGCUAAAACUGAACCAGGCUAAACAUACACAUGUACCGGAAGUUUCUAUAGUACUCAAGCAUGGACUGAACAGCCCUGCGAAAUUUCAGAAUCGCGCUGGCUGGGUGGGCAAAACCACCGAAUUUCGGAAUUGGCUGGGAGGGCCAGACAAAUCCCAGAUGCUGUGUAUCCAAGGCCACGAUGAGUUCGAAAAGACGUCGCCAUUGAGCUUCCUCAUAUCACUUCUCUACGAAAAACUGGAAACGGCGCCCCGCACGCUGGUCCUCCCUUUCUUUUGUGGACGAAGUACUGUGAGUUCCGGACCAGCGCUCAUGGUAAGAGCAUUGUUCGUCCAACUUCUUGCGCUGUGUGAUAAGCAUGGACACACUGGCGAAAGAGGGCGCCCUCUGCUCUCUUUUCUUGGGUUGGACGACAUGGCAAGAAUGAAGGAUCUUUGCUACGAGACAUACGCAGAAGCGGUCGCACAACUGCUCAGAGGGCUGCGGAAGGCUUAUAGCGCGAUGUUCAUCCUUAUCGAUGCCGUUGAGUUUUACGACUUUGAGUGGGAGGAUGAAAUGGAUGAUUUUGUGAAGAACAUGAGGAAGUUGGUGAGAUGGUUCAACAAGUCCGAGGAUGGAACGUCUGGUAGCGUUUUAAGGGUACUUGUAACGGCAUCCUCAUGGUCGAAGCGCUUUUCGUCUCCUCCGAGAUCGCUAGUCGUGCUUGAUGUGCCUGAAUAUAUAGAUGGGUCUCUAGACGGGUUCGAGAGAUUUACAUAG